UUGGUUCGGCGCGAGCGCUUCUUCGUUCGUCUCCCUCGACGCGCUCCAUUCCCGACCCAGAUUCUGGUCGGAAUCCCUUCUCAAAGCAGUCAGUCGGAAACCAAUCGCAGAUUCAAUAGGUUAGGGUGACCCACGGCGUCAAACUCGGGACAAGCGGUACCGUCUUGUUCUUGAAUUAUUUGUGUUUUCUUUUCUUCUGCACUACCACAUCUGUGUUUUUCUUGAAUGGGAGUGGUGGUCGUUUCAGAUUCAAGCAAUAGAAAUAUACUCUGCUUAUCAUCUCUUUGUCAUGCUUACCGAUAGCUCAAUCUUCGAUUGCCUUGCUGUGAUUGUAGCGAAGGUUUCAUGUCGGAUUCUGUUUCGGUGCCAUCUUGUAUGGAGUAUCCAUUUGCAUUGACCAUCUGACGCCAAAGUUGCAUAGAUUUUUGGAUCUGUUAUAUUUCUCACCGAUGUGGUGACUCGUAGUUUUAUGUACGACUCUGAUUUGGGUUCUUUUAUUAGGGAUGUUGAAUCAUUGAGCACUAUAAGGAUUAGAUUACUAGGAUAUAAAAGAAUUAUUAAGUUGAAGCUCUUCUACAUGUAGAGGUAUCGUAUCCUCCUCAAUUUGGGUGGUUCUUUUCUCAUCAUUGAUUUAAGAAUUUAAUGUGUGGAACCAAUGGUUUUGUAGAGUGUCAACUGAGACUUAUUCAGCUAUGUUUACCCUUGAUGUUUCUUUUUAGUAAUUUUCUCUUUUUAUUCCAAUAGUUUUAUCUUCAUUUUCUAACCUUCUUUUAUAUUUACAAAAUUAAGCUUUAACUUUAAGCUUCCAUGAAAAUAUUUUGGUGGACUUUCCAACUUGAUUGUCCCAUUUGAUAUUUGCAAAAAUCAUUUCACGAUAAACUUAGGCCUGUUCAUGUCAUUAUCAAUAUCAAGAUUCUAAGUUUUUGUUCUCCCAUUCAGACAAGAUCGAUAAGAGCAAUCGGAAACAUGUACAUUCAGUUGCUAACCUAGUAAAAAACAAACCCAUGAGACUCCCAUCAAUGCUGGAUUUGGUGAGGGUCAUCUCAGUGAUUUAAGAUAAGUUUUUCUAUAAUUCAACCUUGGUCAUAUAUGUCGCAAUGAAGUGACCUUAUUAAAUAUGGUAAUUAUUAAUUUGUUAUACUAGUGUUAUUGAUAUUGGCCGUGAUAAAGGUCUUUGGACAAAUUUAUUAUGCUUGUUGCUUGUUACCCUUUUAAUGGAAAUCAGUACUUGAGGGUUGCUAUCAUGGCAUCAGUCUUAAUCUUCACAUUAUUCAUUGCAUUUGCGGUGGGUUAACAUAGGCCUCGUUUUAAAGACACAAUGCUUUGGUAUGUAAACAUCCCAAACUGGUGAAUAUUCUUAUUGCAAAGUUCAGUAGAUUAUGAUAUAUAAAUUAUACCGAAUGAUUGAUAUUUAAGAUUUUGUUAUUAUUAUUAUUGUUGUUGUAUAUAGAUUGCGCCUGUAUAUAACAAUAGAAAUUAAGAUAAUUCUCAAACUUUAUUCUUGCCAAGUUUCCAUUAACUUUUUUUUAGCUUAUCUCCAUGAACUUUAUUCUUUGCCGUGAAUAAGCACGACUUCAAACCAUCUUUUCCUCGGGCUCGGGUUCCAACUGCAUGUUUUGAGGUACCUUAACCACUCUCUAUGCUACACAUGAAUAGCAUUACUCUUUUACUCUUUUCAGUUUCUUUUAAUCUUAUUCCCAUUUGUUAUUUGCAUUCUUGACUAUGGUGAAGUUUGGUGAUUAGAGUUGCUUUAUUCUUUCCUUGGCUGGCAACUUCGGGCCACUGUGGUCCUUCAAACGCUAUGAUACCAUCAGUUGCCGGUGUCCUGUUAGUUUCAACUGUACCUCCUCAUUUGAUGCUGAUUACCACUUGCCUAUCAUUAAUUGAUUUUGAUCAUUAUGUUGGGCCAAAAUGUUUUUGCCUGAGAGUUCAGUCUGCACGCAACAAUUGAUUUGGAGGUCAAGGUCUUUGCAAGACCCUACUGCUUUUCCUCUUUGACUCAUCUUUAGUGUGUGCUUAACAAAAGCCAGAGGCCUUGAUGGAAGUGCUGGUAUCAAUAGGAUGUGGUCCUCGAAGAGCGGGGAGUCACAACAGGCUGAAAGCCUCACUAUCUUAGCUGGGUUGAGAAGAGUAUAAUAGCAGACCUAAGCAAUGUUGGCUUCAGAAUUGGAUUCUGAGAAGAUCAUUAACCAUUUAAAAUCACUCUUUGGACGUUCCCUGGUUGCUGGGAUCAAUACUUAUUGACUUAGCUUCGAUGGCUAUGGAAGUUAAUGUAGUCGAUUUUUGCAGUGUAAGCAGGAAUGAGAAUCCUGUAUGAAACGACAGAUUCUACUUCAAAAACAGAAGCAAAAGGGUGCUAAACUUGAUUGGCUCCAAGUUAAAACUCAAGCUGAUGUUGUCUUGCCGAUUGUAACUGUUCUUCCCAGUUUUUACUUCUAUUUUGCUGGCAAGAUUAUGAUUGCCACACCAUAAGGUGGUCAACGAGUCACUUGGUCUGAUUUGAUAUCUGUGAGAAACCCUUCCACGAAGGCCGGCUCUGUAUCUGCUCCUGUGUGUCGCUCGUUGUUGCUGCUACCCUUUUCAUCAAACACAGAUGCCUUUAUCCAACAACAUCCAUUGUAUUUUGUGUGACUGAGGGUUGAAGAACCUCAUCUUUUGAGCAUGACCGGUGGUAAAACACAUACAUUGUGUUUCCCUGGAUGAUUUUUGUGUGAAUGCUUGUGAUACUACCACCUGUUCUUCUACCCUGGCACGAUGAUGACCAUUCUCUUUGCUACUUAUAAUGGAUCAAGAAGACCCCAAUUUCUGCAUGGCCAGCGUCGGGACAAGUACGAGUGCCUCUCCCUCGCUCUCACCUCGUGGCUCGUGAAACCCCUCCCAUCCAUGCCCGCCUACGGUAUCCUUCGGCCGAUGCCUUCGCUCUCUAUAAGAUGCCGACAAUGCUGAAACUGUUUCCUUAGUUCUCUUAGGCUGGUCAUGUCUCCGAUUGCACCUUCUCCUCGUCGUUGGAAAGAGAACCGCAGCAUCGCCGCGGAGUUCGAGGGAGCUCUUCUCAUCUCCAGCAGCCUCUUCCCGUACUUCAUGCUGGUGUCCCUGGAAGCCGGCGGCCCCGUCCGGGCCCUCGCGUUGCUCCUCCUCGCCCCCCUCGUGCGGCUCUUGGAGCUCGCCGGCCUCGAGUGCGUCGCUCUUCGCGUGAUGAUCUUCGUCGCCACAGCGGGCCUCAGGGUGGUCAAUCUCCAGGCGGCCGCGCAGGCCACCCUCCCCAAGUUCUACCUGGAGAACCUCCGGCGCAGCGCGUACCGUGUCUUCGCCGGCUGCGGUGGCAAACGGUACGUGAUCACCUCGUGCCCGAGGAUCAUGGCGGAGCCGUUCUCCAGGGAGUACCUGGACGUCGACGGCGUGCUCGGCACGGAGCUGAGGGCGUUCCAGGGGUUCUUCCUGGGCUUGACGUCGCCGGGCGGCUUCAUGUCUGGCUCCCGGCGGCUCGAAGCUCUCCACGCGGCCAUGGCAGGUGCCGAGGCGAUCGACGUUGGACUGUGCGGGAAGGACAGAGAUCAGCCCUUCAUGUCCUUGUGCGCGGAACGAUACUGCAUCACACCACAGGACGCAGCCCAACCGGUGCCAAGAAGCGAGUACCCGAAGCCGUUGAUCUUCCACGACGGUCGUCUGGUGGCGCUACCUACGCCGUUGGAUUCUCUCAUCGUUCUCCUGUGGAUACCUUUCGGAGUCGUAUUGGUCACGUUAAGGAUCCUCCUAGGCCUUUCCUCCCCUUACAAGCUGUGCCUCCUGUGCACCGCCGCCACCGGCGUUCGCAUCAGGGCCCAAUUCCACGAGCCCCGAUCCGACGCCGCCACACGCAGCAGGAGCCACACACUGUUCGUCUGCAACCAUCGGACGCUCGUCGACCCCGUGAUCAUAUCAACCGCCCUCCGGCGGAAGGUAACAGCCGUCACGUACAGCGUCAGUAGACUGUCGGAGCUGAUCUCGCCGAUCCCGACCAUCCGACUGAGGCGGGACCGCUUCGAGGACGGUGCGAGGAUGCGGUCGUCGCUGGGCCACGGCGACCUGGUGGUGUGCCCGGAGGGCACCACCUGCCGGGAGCCGUACCUGCUCCGGUUCAGCCCGUUGUUUGCGGAGAUCGCCGAGGACAUCGUGCCGGUCGCCGUCACCAACGAGGGGAGCAUGUUCUACGGCACCACCGUGCGGGGGCACAAGUGCUUGGAUUCCUUCUUCUUCCUCAUGAAUCCCCGCCCUUCCUACGGGUUGGAUUUCUUGGCGAAGGUACCGGGCGGGCAGAAAUCCAAGUACGAUGUGGCCAAUCACAUCCAGCAGGCGAUCGGGCGAACGAUUGGGUUCGAGUGCACCAACUUGACGCGCAAGGACAAGUACAGAAUGCUCGCCGGCCAUGAUGGCUUGGACCCAAGGAAAUGAUUGGGCUAAUGAUACAAGCUCGUACCAACCAAGUGAAUGGAUGUCACACCGUCUUGUCUCUCAGUUGUGUAGUGAACGACCACAGUACAUUAGCAUAUGCAUGUAGAGGUCAAAGAGGUAGGUUAUUAGAUCAAUCAAUGUGGAUCGAUCUUGCUACUCUAUAUAUAUAUAUAUAUAUAUAUAUAUAUAUAUAUAUAUAUGUUUUGAUUUCUGUGGGUUUUAACACCCAAAUUGGUCUUUGAUAAUGCAUGUGGCUUAGUAACUUUAGGUAUCAUUUAUGGCGAGAAAUCUUAGGCAAUGAGCGACGGGAAGUGACAGUGUAAGACGAGAUACACUUAUGUUCAGAGGAACACUAU